UGCUCUUUCUGGGAAGAGCAACCUGGAAGCUUCUGAGUUUGUAAGUGGGCUAUAUUCUUCUUUUAACACCCGACUUAUAUAGAGAUAUCGUGACUCAUUAUGGAAAACACUCACCAGGAGACAUAUUUAGUAACCGGAGGAUGUGGCUAUUUUGGUUUUCGCCUCGCUCAGUCGUUGCAUAAAAAAGGAGCCAAAGUCCUUCUGUUUGACAGCGUCCGGCCGAGCCGAGAGCUGCCCGAAGGCUUCACGUUCACGCAGGGCGACGUGCGUGAAUAUGCGCAGGUGGAGAAGGCCGUAUCUGGAGUGGACUGCGUGUUCCACAUCGCCUCCUAUGGAAUGUCCGGUCGGGAGCAACUGAACAGGAAGCUGAUCGAGGCGGUCAAUGUUGAAGGCACCCAAAACAUCCUGAGGGCGUGCAUCGAACACGGAGUGUCCAGACUGGUCUACACCAGCACCUUUAACGUGGUGUUUGGAGGACAGGUGAUAGAGAACGGGGACGAGAGCCUCCCUUACCUACCUCUACAUCUACACCCCGACCACUACUCCAGAACCAAGUCUCUGGCUGAGAUGGCAGUACUGAAGGCCAACGGGACGAUGCUGAAGGCGGGGUCUGGGAUGCUGAGGACAUGCGCUCUGCGCCCGGCUGGGAUCUAUGGGCCUGGAGAGCAGAGACACUUGCCCAGAAUUGUUAACUACAUAGAAAAGGGGGUGUUCAGGUUUGUUUAUGGAAGUCCUCAGAGCCUGGUGGAGUUCGUCCAUGUGGACAACCUGGUGUCGGCACACGUGUUAGCUGCAGAAGCCCUGACCCCAGAGAGGCAGCACCGCUCUGCCGGCCAGGCCUACUUCAUCUCAGAUGGGCGGCCCGUCAACAACUUUGAAUUCUUCCGACCUCUCGUCGAGGGUUUGGGUUAUCCGUUCCCGAAGCUGCGUCUCCCCAUCUCGUUGAUCUACCUCUUUGCCUUCCUCACAGAAAUGAUUCACCACCUCGUCGGACCGUUCUACAACUUCCAGCCCCUUCUCACGCGCACGGAGGUUUACAAAACGGGCGUGACGCACUACUUCAGCAUGGCGAAGGCCAGAGAGGAGCUGGGCUACAAGCCGCAGGAAUACAACCUGGACGAGGUGGUGGAGUGGUUCCGGAGCAGAGGCCACGGGAGGAAAAGUUACAGGAGCUUUGUCAGCAGAUUACGCGACAUCCUCUUGUUUUCUGCCUUUGUUGUUGUGGCUCUGUCGUUUCUACCCGUCGUUUGGUAGUUGAUUCUAAAUGUAACUGGUUGAUCAUAUUUACUAUCAUUAAAGUUGACUAAAGCCUUAAGGUGCGCUCACACCAAACGUGAUUCGCGCGACAAAUUUGUA